AUGCGCAGCGGCGGUGGCCCGCCACCCGGGCCUCCGCCAGAGCUGCAGCCGGUGGAGGACUGUGGCCGCUUGCUGAACCGGCUGGCGCAGUCGAUGCUGGCGUCCAUGCUGGACGUGCCGUCGCGCGUCCAGUGGAACCUGCUGGUGUCGCCCAUCUCGCUGGCCACCGCGCUGGCAUCGCUCGUCGCGGGCUGCGAGGGCCCCACCAAGGAGGACCUGUGCAACCUUCUGCGUCUCACGCUGCCCGAGGUCGAGGUCAUCGUCGAUCGCUUCAAGACCGAGGCGGCGGAGCACAUGUUCUACGUGGCGAACCGGAUGUUCCUGCAGUCCAACUGCCCGCUGCUGCCCACCUUCCGGUCGCACAUCGAGUCCAAGUACAUGACCACCGCACAGAACGUGGACUUCGAGAGCCCCGAGCAGUCGUACGUGCGCGCCAUCAACGAGUGGUGCAGCAACGCGACCAACGGCAAGGUGCCCGCCGUGGUGACGCGCAAGACCUUCUCGGGCAGCUCGUCCAUGGUGCUGGUGAGCGCGGUGUACUUCAAGGGCCUCUGGAAGGACAAGUUCUACCAGAACGCCACGCACAUGAUGAAGUUCUACGUGUCGCGCGCCGACACCCUCGACGUGCGCAUGAUGACCCGCACGGGCCGCUUCCCGUACGCCGAGGUGCCCUCGCUGCGCAUACGCGCCCUCGAGGUGCCCUACCGCACCGGAAACCUCUCCAUGGUGCUGAUCCUGCCCACGGAGGUGGACGGCCUGCGGCUGACCCAGCAGAGCCUGCUGGCCGGCGACACCCUGUGGGAGGUGACGCGGCAGCUGCGCCCUCGCGCCAACGUGCGCCUCGGGCUGCCCAAGUUCGUGCUCACGGCGCGCAACAAGCUGCGAAACCUGCUCGAGGGGCUCGGCUCGCACCGGCCGUUCGACCCCGAGCAGGCGCAGUUCAUCAACAUCUCGGGCUUCAAGGGGCUCCACACCACCGAGAUAAUACAGGCCGUCACCGUGGAGGUGUCCGAGGACGGCAACGAGAUCACGCGCACCUCGGCGCUGGUGAACGAGGUGGUGUCCAAGAUGGCGCCGACCACCCAGUUCCUGGUGGACCGGCCCUUCUUCCUCUUCGUGCGGAGCAAGGCCACGGGCGCCAUCUUGCUCUUCGGGUGCGUCCGACAGCCGCUGGAGUGGCGCCCCGACAGCCCGGACAAUUCGGCGCUGCUCUGAAUGUCGGCGGCGCCACAGCCGUGCACCAAAGCCCGCGCGGGGCUCUCCGAAAAUCGGUGCACCCUACGGGACCUGGCGCCCACUCCGUUAUUUUAUUUAAAUUUCGUACGUUCAUUAAAGGACCCGCAUUUGGUGCUGUUGCGCGCGAUCUUUUCUUUUUCCCUCAUAAAGAGUGACGCGU